AUGGGCUUUCUCCCAAUCGCUACCUGGAUUGGCCAAUUACCAACAAUAAAGCCUUUACAUAGCGACUCCAAAGUAUUUAUCAUCUGCACUGAUUCUGUCGUCGGUGAUCUCAUAGCCUCUCACUAUAGCGCUGCGUAUGAGACUCGAUGGACACGGUUGCAAAAGACUCCUCUUUGGAUGUUUGCAGAUCUACUUCAUAUCUUUGGUGACUGGAAUCAAGUCUGGAAUACCACUAAAAGCAAUCUUGUUCAGUAUCGUCAUCAGAUUCAUGAAGUUACUCGCACGACCCCGUUACUCCAGCUGACAAGAGCACUUCAUGAUGAAGCUGCUAAGAUACUCUCUGUGAGUGAGCAGUUACGGGUGCAUUCUAGUGCUGUAGCACGCUUUCUUCGUCUUCGUGAGGUGAAUGAGGAUCAUGGCCUUGCUGAAAGAGCUCAGGAACAUUUUGAGGAUAUUCAAUAUCAUGAAGAGACUUCUCAGGUCAUUUUGCGGCAAUUGGAAAAUAUGACUAGUCUGGUACUUGAUAACCGUGUGUAUGAUAGUAUCCUAGGAUAUUGCUGA